AUGUCUGAUCAAAGAGCAAGACUCCAAGCUUUAGCUGCUAAAAGAAAGAAUCAAGCUCGCGACGACAACAAGGAUACUUCUGUUACCACCAAACGAACCAAGGUGGCUGAUCGUUCCACCAAAUUAGAAGCACAACCUCGCCGUGAAGACAAGUAUAACAAGAAGGAUGGAUUUAUCGUAGACGAUGAUGAAGAGGAAGAAGAAGAAGAAGAAGACGAAGACGACGAGGACGAUGAAGAAGAAGAGGAAGAAGAAGCUUCUUCGGAUGAAGAUCGCAAAAAGAAAAAUAAGAGCAAGAGCAGCCAGAGAAAAGCACCCAAGUCGGCUCCUUCCAAAAAGAUCCAACAAAAGAAGAGCCGCGACGAAGAUAAUUCAGGCGAUGAAGAUAAGAGUGACAUUUCUGAGGACGAGCUUUCGGCACUUGACACUUCGGCCAUCAUCACGGGAAGCCGAAGGACGCGUGGAAAAAAGAUUGACUAUAAACAAUUUGGCGCUGAUCCCGAGGAUGAGGAGUGA